AUGCACUCAACAGCUGCACGAUCCAAUCGAACACCUUUACAAUCUUCGAUUCCGCCCACGACCACACCCUCGUCCAUUCUUCAUCCGCAGCAACAACAAAUUCUUUAUGGUCCCAUCAUUAAUCCAAUGUUAACACUUCAACCAUGCGGGACUGGUUUGCAUCCAUCGUGUAUUUAUCCCGGCGCUCAACGUAACGGUGUACCCAAUCCUGUUUCCUUACACAUACAAGGGAAAAGCAGCAGAUGGCUACCCAAGAGUAAACUUGUACGAAACCAACAAUAUUGUCAGCAACAGCAACAACAACAACAACAACAACAACAGCACAUUCAACAGCAGUUGUCCUACAACCCGAAACCGUUGGUUUUGUUCGAUCAAACGGCGAACAAUGCUCCACCGCCAGCGCCGACAGCUUCGUUCCUAGUUGCUUCCUCGACGUACACGCACGGCUCAUUUUCCGGUGAUCAGUACAAUAAUUCUGGAGUAACCCUGAUACCACAACCCUAUUAUAAGCCACCAGACGUGCAAGUUGCCUAUUGCCUGGUUCAAGAUCAACAAACUGCUCAGCAACAGCAACAAGAACAGCCGUCUCAUGGUUCCUACUACAAUAUCUCUGCCACCAAUACCUGCAAUCUGCAAACCGUGAACACCCACUCGACAUUUCAGUUCUCCAAUCUUAGCCCAUACGCGCCGACGAAUUUCAAUAACCAAAUCCUAGGACCCGUUCAAACGGUGCAACCCGCUAAAAUUUUCCCCAGCCCACCAGUGAACUUGGUCUUGGCCGGUCCGCAGAGGGACAAACCCGUGUCAACGUCCACCACACUCGACGUUUCAGCCUUUAAAUGCACCAAUAGCAAGAUCACCGGCAACGCCACUCAAAUCGCACCGAUUGUCUCCGAGGGCUACAACGAAUGGCCGUUCCAAACGAUCGCCACGUCAGCCAACAGUUUGUUCGACGGGAAACCCACUACCGAUGACGCGCGCCAAGAAGCCACAACGAAUUCUCUGGACAAAGUCACCUCGAACGUGUCCACGAAAACGCAGGACGAACAUUAUUCUGACGAAUCCUCGGCCAGCUUCGACUUCACCAUCGAGGCCGAGAAAAUGGUCUCGGCGCUCUGCAACACGUCUUCGAAUGACCUCGGCAAGGAGGAGAGGAAAGGCAACAAAUCGAAUUCGGCGCCUCUGUUCAGCGGUGCUGGCGACACAAUCUCGAACAAGAACACCUGGUUCCCUGACUUCUGCGCCAGUUACGGGUCUGGCACAUCUGUAGCGAUUCAAACUGAUAGUCCGUGUGCUGAUGAUACACACUAUCCAGAACUGCUAAGGAAAGUUAUCUAUUGGGGAUGCUCCGAAGCUGAGACUAUUUUAACCAACAGUUGCAAAACGAAUCCUCGGUCCGGUUGGUUAAAGAACCUUUCCACUGCUACGAAGAUAGCGAUCACUAAAUCGUCAACCUGCUUUCCUGUCUUCGCCGGGAAUCAUGUUUUCACCAGUGAUUUGAUUAACGCUCUGUUGCGCAUUAGCAACGGUUGGCUCAUACUCGAUAAUUACUUGAACAAGCAACAUUACUCGAGCCUGGACGAAAAAUACGACAAAGAGCUGGUCAGUUUGCUGAACCAGAUCGUACAGACUUUCCUGAAACUAGGAGAGACCAACGAUACCUCGAAUGCCGAACAGAAACUAGAAUUAUUCGGGACCUUUUUUCCAGGUGACGUUUCAGUUUACACGAAUUGCGACUUGUUCGAUCCGUCCACGAACGCGUCGCGUCUAGAAACUGGUAAUAAGAAAAACGAUCAAGAGUCAUCGUUGAAUGUGGCCACCCAGCUAUCGGUCGGAAGCCUGCGGAAUAUUGGUCUCUACAAUCAGGAGAAACAAGCUCCGAAGGAAUCGAAAUUACGAAGUAAGUGGACCGUUACUGAGAAUCUAACGACAGUAGACAGCACGAAAUUCGUGCCUGAUAUGUUCCUAGGACACGCGGACACCGGUGUUCCAGCUAGCAGUAGAUUUCGUUCGAGGGGCAGCUCGUCCUCGGCGAAGAUCGACUCCUCGUCUCAAUCCCUGAACGCGGAGUUUUUUCACUUGAGGAGCAAAGUACUCACGGAGAACAACCAGGACUACUCCAGGCAAUGGACGUUCAAGGAAAAGAAGCAAGAAUUCGUAGAAAACAAAGUCCCAACGCACGAGAACUCCGACACAAUUUUCCGACUUCCACGGCAAAUGGCCGAAAAUUACGACAGCAAUUAUACCCACAAAUGUUUGUCUACAGGGGAAUCGUCGUUUCUGAAUCCUAUGAGCUUGGAGUCUAUGUAUUUCACUUCCAAUAACGAGACCGAAAAUUUCGAUCCAAACUAUACCGAUUGCUCUUCCUAUAGGAAAGACUACGGUGACAAGAGUAUGAAGACAUUCGAUCAAAAUCAGGGGAACAAAGGUAACAUGGACUUGGUUUAUGUCGGUAAGUCGUCGACGAGCCAACUGGAACUGGCAACGGUACCGAAGGACAAGAUGACCUUGCUCAGUCAAAUAGAGCCAAGUAUUCCGGACAAAUCGUCCGAGGAGAUGACCGCCAAUCUGUCAGCCUGGUUCGCCAGCAUGAGGAACUCUGAAACUGGAAACGUAAUGCCCCGGUUGCCAACGCGUCAAGAGAUGCCGAAGAAUACGAUGGAUCUUAGCAAUUGCAUCAGACAGUUACAGAUCGAUGCGAACCGUCAGUUUCAGACACUCCAGAAUAUGCAGAGUAUUCAGAGCGCGCCUUGGAACAGCUACAACCUGAUCAACAAUCGCAUCCAAGUGCAGCAAGUUCAUGAAGAAUACGAUAGCUCCGAGGACGGCCGAGUGUACAUGAAGCCAGGCAGCUAUAACGUUCCGAAGAAAAGGCAUCAGCGAAGAUCCACUCGUCGUUUGGACAAUUCGCUGCCUCGAAACGCAGUUAGUGGAUCAACGAAUAGCCAUCGUACCCAUAAUACGAAUAAGGAAAAAGUUUUUUUUGCUCCAACCCCUGGAACUACGCAUCUGUCUCGGACCACCACCACAUCUGUUUCAACCAGUGCUAAUAAUCCCGUGAAUACAUCGGUGAAGUUACCCUUCCCAGCGACACCUAUCGUACCGCCGCCCGUUUUUUCCCUCGAAAAUUCACCGCGAAUUUUGAAACGGAUCGACGCGACGAGCUAUGCGGUAUCUGAAGAUGUCACAUGGAAAGCAGCGUGUGCCUCGGCUGAAAUUUUACUAGAGGCGUUAAACGUGAAAGAGGAUGUUAAUGUCAACAAGGAAGAAGACCAUCGCAGUAAUCCCAUUACGGAGCGAGAUAAUAUCACGAAAGAGGAAAAUGUCGAUCCUGUGACACAAUUCGUGCAGAGUCAGGAGAAAUUACAGGAAAGUUUUUCCAAAACGUUGAAGGAUGAUAAUGAUGGUUUAGGGGGAGCGUCGAGUUAUGAAGCGUCUGAGGAUGAUUCGGGCUCAACUUAUCACUUCUCCCCUAACGCGAGCAUAAACGAAGCUUUACAAUCCUCUGAAUCCAAAAAUGGUUCUAGUAAAAUGAACGUAAAAACGGACUCGUGGCUAAUCAGAACUUUGAACAACGCUAGCAUGGCGAAUAAGCAGAAACGGCGAAAGAACAGCACCGAUCCACAUACCUCGGAAUCGUCGAACAGUUCAGUAAUGGAAGACGAACAACCAAUUCCCAUUUUAUCGUUAACGACCACAGCAACGACAAUAGCAACAACCACGACUCUGAAGAACCUUCAGUCAACGAGCUACUCUAGGAAAAGUUUGUUCACCCCAUUCAAUAGUAACCAAACAACAACAACAACAACAACACCAGAAGAAAUGGAACGUGUUGCAGGAAAAGCCACGUAUUCCGAAACCGUGCGACGCUGUACACCCUUAAACUCGUCUCAAUCGGAUAAAAAAGAAUUUUGCAGAAAAGGAAAAUUAAACAUUCUUAACUCAUCGGCGAUAUGCAGUACCGUCAUACCAAUUCCUGGACGCAGGUGUCAGAGAAAGGAAUCCGAGAAGUCGCACUACCUGUUGCAUAAUAGACAACGGAAAUGUCCCGCAAAAAGGCUCGUGAAAAAUUGCGAAAUCACCGAGCUGCAAAUGGAAGAAAUGUCAUUGUCCUCUGCGAUCACGACGAAGCAUGGAAAGAAAAAAAAGGAGAAUGUCGGAUUCGUGGAAUUUUUGGACGGAAAAUUUGGCGGAAAAACUAGCGAUCGAGGCUGGUCCGUGUGGUACAGUUCCAAAAGAAAACAAAGUCUUAGCCCACUCGCGCUCAGCAAGCUGGAAAUGAUACAUCGGAUGGUUUGGCAAAUGGAGGAAGCGGAAAUCUUUAAGUGUCCGUCUUCUGCAGAUAGCUGCGGCAAUCAGGCCUCUGCACACGCGAUUGAAGACUAUUGUAAGGUAAUCAAAAACCCAAUGUUCCUUGAAACGGUUGAAUAUAAGCUGAAGAAUCGUGUUUAUCAUAAGGUAGAACAUGCGGUUCGGGAUUUUCGCCGUAUUGUUUACAAUUCCAAAUUAUAUCAUAAGAAUGACCAUGAUCGAGUGAAAACGAUCGAAACGCUGUCGAAGAAACUGGAGGAACUGUUCGAAGAACAUUUCGCCAGUUGGGAUUUCGAUAAUAUUAGCGGUAGUCCCAGGGAAGUUUCGCCGGUGUCGCAUCGAUUUAAAUCAGCCGGGAAAAAAACAGUAACCGGACGUUACGGUAACACGAAGAAAAGUCCGCCUGUUUCGAUCACAGAAAAUAUUUGA